AGAGUUCUAAGGACUUUAGAUCCUGGAAAAACCGUUUCUGAGAUCUGUAACAUCUGUAGCAGUACAUUUUAUGCUGAAUGUUUGAUACUGUUUUACUUUCAUUUUCAACAGUCAACAGAUACAGGUACACAGGAUAUUGACACAGCUUCUAGAGACAUCAGAAAAAUCAUUGAGGAAAAAUCUUCACUUCAAAAUACAUCUACAUGAUUGCAUCCUUUUAGAAUGAAAUGCAAUGAAAAUACAAAAAUUACUUGCAGUAAAGUUAUUCUUGUGCCUUAUGAAUGGGGACAUGUUUUGAGAUACCAUGAAUGGAUGAAGAGUGAAGAGUUACAGACCUUGACAGCAUCAGAGCCAUUAAGCCUAGAGGAGGAAUAUCAGAUGCAACAGUCAUGGAGGGUAGAUGAUAAUAAAUGUACCUUCAUUGUGUUGGACCAAGAGAAAUAUGAAACAAAUGGAAGCAAUGAAAUAGAGAGUAUGGUAGGAGAUGUGAACUUGUUUUUUAAUGAUGAAGACAAUCCAUCAUCAGCAGAGAUAGAGAUUAUGAUAGCUGAACCUGCAGCAAGAGGGAAAGGUUUUGGAAAAGAGGCUUUAUACUGUAUGAUGAGAUAUGGUUUAGAAGAACUAAAAGUAACACAAAUUACUGCCAAGAUCGGAUAUUCUAAUAAACCAAGUAUAAAUAUGUUUAAGAAGAUUGGUUUUAAAGAGAUUUCAAAGAGUGAUAUUUUUCAAGAAAUCACAUUGGAAUUACAACUUAAUGAAAGUGUGAAGGACCAAAUUAAAGACAGCUGUGAUUCAUUCAGGAUUGACACUUACAGAUAGCAGAGUACAGAUUAACUUUGUGAUCAUCUUGCAUUAUUCAUAACUGCUCAUUAAACUACAUGUAUAUUGAUACAUGAUGGCUAAACUCUGUCUUCAUUAGGGUUGUACAUUGUUGCAUACAAGUAUUAUUUAAAUCUGCUGUAAAAGUUAUUGUACCCCUGAUCAUGAGUACUAGUGUACCUGAAUGAUUUUAGAAUGCUGUUCUAAUGUGAUUUUAAGUAAAGACUAGUGUUCAUAAGUGACAAAAUUUAAUUGUUCAAGAAUGGCGUAGUGUUUGCAGUUAUUUCUAUAAUCGACCCGUUAAUUAGUUAGCCAAUUAAUGAAAGUAAAUGUCUUACGAUUCAUUUGAAAUACUUCAAUCCUAUUGCAAUCCUUCUGGAUAAAAAUGAUUUCAAUCAAAUGAUUUUUUAGAGUGACCUAUAAAUGUUUGUACUCGUACAGACAUACAAGGAAUAAGUACCGUAUAAGUGUUUUUUUCUGCGGGCUCCAAAUUCUGCGGUUUUUCCAAAUUUUGGCAUGUUUUUAUUUCUGCGAACUUUAUUUCUGCGGCACAUUCUUUGGACAAAACAUGAUUUAAUGUCUGCGACUCGUCUUAUCAAAUUCUAAGUCACAUUACCCUAUCUAUUAUAUUUGCAUGUACAUGUUCGCAUUUGUUUAUCGUCGUCACCGCAAAACUAUAUAGUAAUUACAAACAAUUAUAUUGUUUGUUUGCAAACAAAUAUAAUGCGCAACAAUAGAAAGGUAUACAUCUUUGAUCAGCGUGAAGUAACGUGUGAAAAAUAUACCCUGGUAGUAUGAUCUUUAAUUUAAUGAAAAUGAUAGAAGUUUACCGUAUCGUAACAGAUGACAAUUUAAGUAAACAACGAUUAUUUAGCAGUAUAAGGGUUGGAAUGGUUUGAAAUAUCUCUAUUCUUAAAUUACCAUAAUUAACAAUAAGUACAUCCUUACAAACACACAUUACAUACUUAGCCGACAGCAAUUUUAUACAACUUGAAAACCCGCUAACCGUUAUAAUCUGUUUGUCGUUAUAACUUUAGACGAAACAGGUCACAAUGUAGGAUACAUAUCGUAGCAGGUAAGAGAAAUAUUCUGCGGUUUUUAUUUCUGCAGUGCCAACACUGACUGCAGAAAACGCAGAAAUAAAGUCACCGCAGAAAAAAACACUUAUACGGUAUUUUAAAAGUUUAUUUUUGUUUGUGUCUUGCACAAG